CUACGUUUGGCGAAUCAGCGAAUCUUCCGUCAAUUGUAAAUAUUGUGAAUAAUUUAAUUUCUUCUUUUCUUUCUUUCAAAAGUGUUAAAGAUUAUGCAAAAUUUUUUGUUCUAUUAGGUUAGAAGGAAUUUAAUGUAUUCCAGUUUAGUUUUAUGAAAUUGGACUGUAUUUCAUAACCUUUUAUUUUGUAAAUGAUGGUUUGUACUUGGCGAAGUUUUGCGCCAAAUUAUCAGUAGCAAGCGCCAAAGCCAAAGUGAAAGUCUUCAGUUGUCUGUUAGCUUAUCUAGUUAUUUAUUUGUGAUUUGUGAGUGCAUGUUUUUAUUUAUCGUUUGCUGCCGUUUAUCGACUUUACUCAUCGGCUUUUGCAUGCUUGAUUUUUUUUUUGUGCAGGAAAAAAAUCAUAGCUAUAUUUUAAAAUUUUUAUUGAUAAACCGAAUUAAGAGAAAAACUUUACUAAGCUGAAUUUUCACACACUAUUUGGAAUUUUUACGAAAGAAUAUGUCAGAAAUUCAUUUGAAGAAUAAGGCGGAUUUAAAAGUUGUGAUGGUUGGUGAUGCAUCUGUUGGAAAGACUUGCUUAGUUCUUAGAUAUAUUGACAGACAGUUUCAAGAGUCAGUUAGUACCAUAGGAGCUGCCUUUGUUUUAAAAUCAUGGGGCUAUUACAAUAUUGCCAUAUGGGAUACAGCAGGUGGAGAGAAAUAUGCUGGAUUGAGCACAUUUUACUAUCGUAAUGCUUCUGCUGCAGUCUUAGUUUUUGAUAUUUUUGAUCGUAAAAGCUUUGAAACUCUGCUUCAGCGUUACAUUCCGAUAUUGAAUAAUGUGAGUUCUGCAAAAUUAAAGGUGGUUGUUGGCACAAAAAGGGAUCUAUUGAAGAGUCGAGAGCGCAGAGUAACAGUAGAAGAAGGAAUUAAUCUUGCUAAGAGUAGCAAUCCCCAUUUAGACUUCACAAAUAUGAGAGUUCCUUACUUUGAAACUUCCAGCAAAACAGGAACAAGUGUGGAUGAUAUGUUUGAAUAUGUAUUUGAACAUUUCUUCUCUGAUAAGGGCUCGCACCCCAGGCCACAAAAUACAAAAAUUGACAGUAUAGCUAUAAGUGACAAAAUUGAAAAAAGACAAUCAACAUUUGUUUGCUGUUCUUGAUUUAUAUAGACUAAAGCUUUAUUUGUGCCUCUGUUUAAGAGAAAUUGCAUUUGCGAUUGAGAGCAUGAGCCAAAACUUAAAACAAUGUUUGGAUUGAAUUACACAUUGUUUUUAAAUUUUAUAAAUUCUGUUGAAAUCAGUUAAAUUGACGGAAUGAAAACUUCUCAAAUCAUACUAUAAUUUUAGAUAAUGUAUCCUCUAAGUAACAGUAAGUAAUUUUUCUCUUUUACUUGCAAAACUUGUUUAUAGUUUAAGCUACAAAUUUUAUCAUGUUUGAAAUUGUGUCUUUUAAAAUAUGCUCAAUUGAAAAAUUCUAUAUAUUAAUGUUUCCAUAUAUAUAGUUUGAAAGAGAUUUGUUUCAUUGCUGUGAUAUAUUAUACAAGACGUAAAAUAGUGUAUUUUUAUAAAUGUAUGUUUGUAAUGUUAAGAAUAUAUUUAUAAACUUAUUAUUUACACUGUU